AUUCGCGUCCUUUCAUAUGAUAUGACUUCGUUUCUAUGCAUCAAAGUUUCUCCAUUUGCUGAUGAUUUGUGCUGAUCUCCGAGUACACAGAUUGAUACUUUACUUUAGAUUUGCGGAUCUGCUUCUAAUCGAUCCCUGUGAACUUGGCGUGAUCGUCUUCUUUGGGUAAAUUGAGUCUCAAUAGCAUCAUUCAGACAUGCAGCAAUCACGAGCGAGACUGUUCAAGGAAUACAAAGAGGUUCAGCGAGAGAAAGUAGCUGAUCCUGAUAUCCAAUUGGUGUGUGAUGAUACCAACAUUUUCAAAUGGACUGCACUUAUCAAGGGACCGUCGGAGACUCCUUAUGAAGGCGGAGUGUUUCAGCUUGCGUUUGCUGUUCCUGAACCGUAUCCUCUGCAGCCUCCUCAAGUGCGCUUCUUGACCAAAAUAUUCCAUCCCAAUGUGCAUUUCAAGACUGGAGAAAUAUGUCUCGACAUAUUGAAGAACGCGUGGAGCCCUGCGUGGACGCUUCAGUCUGUGUGUAGAGCGAUCAUAGCACUGAUGGCUCAUCCUGAGGCAGACAGUCCUCUCAACUGCGACUCAGGUAACCUUCUAAGAUCUGGAGAUGUGAGAGGGUUCAAUUCAAUGGCACGCAUGUACACACGUCUCGCAGCUAUGCCUAAGAAAGGAUGAUCCUCUCUUGCUUUCCUUUUCUUAUGUCAUCGGGUUAUAACUCGUUUUCUUUGAAUAUGUAAUGAGAAAUGAUUUGGGAAAAUGAAUACAUUAUUAACAAUUCAUAUGUAAGGUAACAAUUUUAUUCAACUAGACACAAGUUACUCAAAA